AUGGAAGUAUUCACCCUUGCUGAUAUUGUCGGUUGCUGUGGAAUAUCAUCAACACGUCCAGAUAUGGCAGAGUUCACCCUUGUCGAGAUUGUGGCAGCAACCAACAACUUCUCCCAUGAGAUUGGUGCUGGAAGUGGUGUUCUGUAUUGAGGCCAACUUGAUGUUGUAGUUGCAGUCAAAAGGGAGGAAACUGGUACUACUAAGGUGAAGAUUUUUCAAGAGAAAGAGAGUAGACCUGAGUCUGAAAAGAGAAAGAUGUCUUUCGUGUCACGUCUACACCACAAGAACUUGGUUAGGCUAGUUGGGUUCUGUGAAGUGAAAGAUGAAAGGCUACCCUUGGUGUACGAGUACCCGAAGAAAGGAACCUUACAUGAUCAUCUGCACGAGAAGAGUAGUGGUGUCUUGAGUUCUUGGAAAAUGAGGAUCAAAAUUGCGCUGGAUGAUUCCCGAGGAAUCGAAUAUUUCCAUAAUUAUAGAGUUGCAUGCAUAAUUUACGGAGAUAUACAGUCUUCUAACAUUCUCAUUCAUGCGACUUGGACUGCAAAAGUAUGUGAUUUUGGAUUGUUAUCGAUGUGUCCAGACUCUGACCAUGAUUACGUACCAGUUGGAUAUAUUGAUCUUGAAUAUCAUAGUGUAAAUGUUAUGAAAUCAAAGAGCGAUGUCUAUAUUGCAAAAGAAAGAAAAAAGAGUGAUGUGUAUGGGCUUGGAGUGGUACUGCUAGAACUCUUAACGGGAAAGAAAGCUAUAUUCAAGGAUGGUGAAAAUGGAGGCACCCCUCUGAGUGUGGUAGACUUUGCAGUGCCUGCAUUAAUGACUCGUGAAUUGGAGAGAAUUUUGGACGAGAGGGUAGUGUUAAAUGAAAUAGAAGCAGUGGAGCUUACGGCCUCCACUGUCAAGCUGUGUGUAAAUUUUGAAGGGAUAGACAGACCAACAAUUUCUUACACGUGA